AUGUUUUUUGCUAUAUUUUUAUUCUCACUUUCGUUUUUUCCUUUAAUAUGGUGGUUUUUGAUUCCUUAUUUUUCCUAUUAUUUUUUUGAUAAAUCUCCUGUUAAUGGUGGUGUAACAAAGAGAUAUUCUUUGUAUUUCAGAAGUCUUCCAAUUUGGACUUGGUUUUGUCAAUAUUAUCCAAUCACAAUACAUAAAACCGUUGAUUUGAAACCAACUUUUGAAUUAGUGGAUAAUCGAGAGUCAAAAGAGAAAUCAAAAGACAGUUAUUACAUAAAUCUCAAACUGUCAAAUUUUUUUAAUCUUCAACUAUUUAAAAAAGCCGAUGCAAAUCAUUUAUCAAAAAAAGAGCAGCAUUUUGUUGCCAAUGGCCCAAGAUAUAUAUUUGGUUAUCAUCCUCAUGGUUGUGUCUCAAUGGGUGUCUUUGGUGGCAUCGCUACUGAAGGUGCAAAUUGGUCCAUUCUAUUCCCAGGCAUACCAAUAUCAACUUUGACUUUGACAGCCCAAUUCAAACUACCUUACUACAGAGAUUAUUUAAUGGCCUUGGGUGUUUCGUCUGUCAAAAAGCAAAACAUCCAAGAGGUUUUGAAAAGAAACAUGUCGAUAUGCAUUGUGAUUGGUGGUGCAAGAGAGUCUUUGUUGAGUCGACCUCACUCAAAGAAAUUAGUCUUGAAAAAUCGCAAGGGCUUCAUCAAAAUGGCUCUCAGUGUGGGCAAUAUCAGCGUUGUUCCUGUUUAUGGUUUUGGCGAGAAUGAACUCUACAAUGUGCUUGAGCCCAAGACAAAUUCUUUUUUCAGGAAAUUUCAAGAUUGGUUGAAGGGCAACUUUGGCUUCACUUUGCCAUUGUUUCAUGCUAGAGGCGUGUUCAAUUAUGAUUGGGGUGUUUUGCCCUUUAGACAUAGUAUUGAUAUUGUUGUUGGCAAGCCAAUUGAAAUCCCAAAAAUCGACAACCCAACUACUGCUGAUGUGGAUUAUUACCACCAGCUCUAUAUUGAUGAACUCACUAGUGUUUAUGACAACAAUAAAGAAAGAUUUGGUUAUACAGGCACUUUGGAAUUCGCUGGCUAG